CGUCUUCAUUUUUUUUUUGAACAAACUACCAUCUUCGUCGCUGCUGCGGCGGUGGACUAGGUUUGUAAGCAGUCCGCGCCCAUCAUCCACCUCGCGGCCGGCCGGAAUAGUUUGCCUUCUUCCACCUUCCUCGUUUGCUCUGCCUUUGCCGUACCAAUCCCGUUCGCUGCCCUGCCCCUCCGGAGGGGAUUCAGCACAAGUCUAGUUCCCAUCCCAUCUUGUAUCUCUUCUUCGAAAGCGAUAUUUAUGGAGCUGAGUCCAAUUAGUGCUUCGCUGGGUGCCAUGGGCUCCCUUCCAGGGAAGCUCAGUGAGCUUCUGGCGACCCGACACUGGGCUCUGCGGGGUGUUGUGAUGGAUAAGAUCGAGCAACUGACAAAUGAUCUUCACACCCUGCACAACUUCCUGGUGAAGCUCUCAAAUGCGCAGGACCCUCCUAUGACUGCGAGGUACUGGAUGAAGAACGUGCGCGAGUUGACUUAUGACAUGGUGGACUGCGUCGACCAAUUUGUCCACGCUGAUGCCCGAGCUAAGAUCCGUAGAGCUACUCGCCGUAAGGUUAUUACUCGGUUAAAGAUUAACCGACUUCCAGAGAGGUGGAAGUGGCGCCCAUGGAUCACCAACAAGAUCUCAGAAUUCAGGACUCGUGCGCAGGAGGCAACUCAGCGAUAUUGGAGGUAUAGGUUUGAUGAUUGCGCCUGCAAUCCUGGAUACUCACGUAUUGGCCAGGAUCUUCCAAAUAUUGUGCCAGAUCCUGAUGAUCUAGUUGGCAUAGAAGGCCCAAUGAAUCAGCUUGAGCGGUGGUUGACCAGUGGAGAAGAGCAGCUCAAGGUGGUGUCGAUUGUUGGCGUUGCAGGAAUCGGCAAGACCACUCUUGCCCAAAAAUUGUGGGGUAAGCUCCACGGACAAUUCGAGUGCCGGGCAUUUGUGCGGACAGCCCAAAAGCCCGAUAUGAGGGGGGUCAUCAGGAGCAUACUCUCACAAGUUCGCCGGCACCAACCGCCUGACCCUGGCGAGACGCACCACUUGAUCCGGGAUCUCAGGGAAUAUCUACAAGAUAAGAGGUACUUUGUUAUAAUUGAUGACUUGUGGGCUACAUCAGUAUGGGAUGUUUUUAGUCGUGCUUUUCCAGAGGGUAAUUGUUGCAGCAGAGUAAUAAUUACAACAGAAAUUAUGGAAGUAGCUUUGGCGUGCUGUGGUUAUUGCCCUGAUCAUAUUUUUAAGAUGGAAUCUCUUAGUGAAGAUGAUUCAGAGAAAUUAUUACUCCAAAGAAUUCUUAUCUCAAGAAACCAACAGUUAGAUAAUGUUUCAACUCAGAUUAAGAGAAAUUGUGGCGGCUUGCCACUAGCAAUCAUCUUUGUAGCCAGUCUUUUAGUGCGCCAACCUGAGAAACUAGAGCAAUUGGGCUGUAUGCAGGAUUCCUUUGGAGCAAAUCAUACCAUGGAAGGGUUUAUGAGACAAAUACUGAACAUUAGCUUUAAUAGUCUUCCACAUUAUCUAAAGACAUGCCUGCUUCAUCUUAGUACAUAUCCAGAUGGCUUCCUAUUCUUGAAAGGUGAUUUGGAGAAGCAAUGGGUUGGUGAGGGUUUUAUAUGUGCAAAAGAAGGGGAAGACAUGGAGGAAGUUGCUGGGAGGUAUUUUGAUGAGCUUGUCCAUACGGGCCUUAUCCAAGCUAUGGAUAUCAACUGUAAUUAUGAGGUGUUGUCUUAUUCAAUGCAUCACAUGGUACUUGAUCUCAUUUCAUACAAGUCCAUUGAAGAGAACUUCAUCACUGUACUGGAUUAUUCUCAAACGGCAAUACCACUUCCUGAUAAAGUUCGCCGAUUGUCGCUCCAGUUUGGAAGUGCAACAUAUGCAACUGCACCAGCAAGUACCAGAUUAUCACAAGUUCGAUCACUCUUCUUUUCUGGCUUGUUUAACUGUGUGCCUUCAUUCAUGGGGUUUAAGCUUCUUCGAGUUCUUGUCCUUCAUUUGUGGGGUGAUAUUGGAAACACAAGUUUCAACCUUGAAGGAAUCUGCGAAUUGUUUUGGUUGAGAUAUUUGCAGGUCACAUGUAAUGUCCCUGUAAAGCUUCCGGAUCAGAUUGAACCAAUGAAACACUUAGAAACACUGGACAUAAAUGCAGGAGUAUGUGCUGUUCCGCUGGACAUUGUUCGACUUUUGAACUUGUUGCAUCUCCGUCUUCGAAGUGGGACAAAUCUACCCGAUAGGGUCGGGUGCAUGAGAUCUCUACGUACACUCAUGUAUUUUGACCUUGGUAAUAGCUCUGAAGACAGUAUAUGGGGCCUUGGGGAGCUAACAAACCUGAGGGAUCUUCAUCUCACCUAUUCUUCGUCUCCAUCUAGUGAACAUUUGAAGAAAAACCUGAUAGCUCUGGCCACUUCACUUGGGAAACUUUAUAACCUCAAGUCUUGCAUGUUGGCUUCUUGUUCUUCUGGCACGGUUGUUCUCUUUGAUGGCUUGAGCAGCAUGCACUCUACACCCGUCUUUCUCGAGAGACUUGAGUUACCACCGAUUUGCUUCUUUUCCAGAUUUCCCAAGUGGAUCGGACAGCUCCACAAGCUCUGCAUUUUGAAAGUUUCUGUUAGAGAACUGAUGAUGAAUGAUAUUGAUAGCCUUACAGGAUUACAUUCCCUCAAGGUUCUCUCAUUGUCUGUCCAGACAGCUCCUGAGCAAAGGAUCAUCUUCAACGAUGGGGCUUUCCCAGUUCUCAAGUAUUUCAAGUUCAGGUGUAGUGUACUUUAUAUGUCUUUCAUGGCAGGUGCCAUGCCCAAUCUUCGGAGGCUCAAGCUACGUUUCAACACAUGUAUUGGGGAGAAGUACAGCAAUAUGCUUUCUGGAAUUGAGCACCUUCUAAAUCUUCAGGACAUCGCUGGACGAAUUUGGGCCACAACCAAAUCUGAUAGGUUGACUUCUGAAUCGGCAUUCAAGGACGCAAUUAGCAAGCAUCCAAAGUGUCCUCGAUGUAAUGUAAAAUGGGUGGAUUCAGUUGAGGAAGAAUAUCAUCCUUCAGAGAAACAUUAUUGUAGGCAAGAAAAAGGUUUAUCAGUUGAAAAACAUGGGGUUCUAGAGAAAGCUGAAGAUACAAACAAACACACUGAUAUCAGGUUGUCUCAAAAUUCUGACCUGCCAUCUACUGUUGCUUCACGUUGCCUGGAGUCAGAAAAAACAUCUGAAGCUAGCAAACAUCAUGUCCUGGAGAGCAUGCUGCGUGAUGAAAGCACUGAGCCGAAAAGUCUCGAGUUAUCACUGCUGAAAGACAUCACAAAUGAUUUUUCUGACGAUCGAGAGAUUGGUAGAAGCGAGUUUGGAGUGGUUUAUAAGGGAAAGCUUCAAAAUGGGAGUACUGUUGUUGUGAAGAGGCUUGCAGUUGCAGCUGAUGAUAAACUAUUUCUGGAUUAUGUUCACUGGCUAAUGAGUGUUAAGCAUAACAACAUAGUACGGUUUCUAGGAUGCAUCUUACUGAUGAAUCUUCUGGGUUAG